AUGAAUGGAGUUUAUUUAAGUCCCCACCCUCCGCUCCGGGAAAUUCUUUUUUCUGCGGAAUUUUCUGGGUUCUCGGGCUCCGCCGCGAUCCCAUCCUCGCCUCGCCGGCCCCCGCUGCUCCCGGCGGUUCUCCCGGAGCUUCCUUUCCGGCCGACGCGGCAGAGAAGUGAGAGAGAAUUGCGGCGGCGUCAUCCCGCACAAAGGAAAUAAUCAGCAUAUUUAUCAGAGGCAGCUGCUGAGGCAUGGCUAGGACUUAGAGAUACUGUAUGUGCAGAUCAUGAAGAUAGGAAGACUGUCGCUUCUUGGCUUUUGUUCCUUCAGGACUACCAACGACAUCUUAGCUAAGCAAAUAGCUUUUUCUGGGUUUCUCUAUGACAGAAACAUUGUGCAUUUAAGAUGCUUAAUUUCAGAGUUUUGAGUCGCUGAAUGAAAAGUUAAUGCAAUAAUGCUUACAUAUGAUGAAAGUGACAGCGCAACUAAAAUGAAAGAGAAGCUAAAGAUGAACUUAGCUGAAAUUCUCUAAUGUUAAUUAAAUCAUAAUGAGUUCUUUCCAUAUUUAUAUCUUGUCCAAGUUGGGUUGGUCAUCAGUUACUAUAUUUUAGAAAUGGUUUUAGUCAUUUGUUAACUGUUCAAGCUAGAAACCGUAAAUGUUGAUUAUGAUGCGUUUGUUUCCGUUUUUUCUCUUCUCUGUCAACACCCUCAAUGGUUGAUUUUGGUACCUGAGCGCAGAUGAUGAAAGGCCUUACAAAAGUCAUAUUUUUCAAGAGCUCCCAUCGGAUGGCAAUCCUAAAUUAGACUCCGAGGUUGAAAGACAAAGUAAGCACAGUUUUUUGGCGGAUAAAAUGGUUGAACAAACCAAUCAAUCUGAACAUAGUUUUGUGAAGGGUGAGCUGAAUGGAGGUAGAACUGGACAGACAUGCAUUGAGGAUUACUCGUAUGACAAGGAUGUUGUAGAGAUCAAGCUGCCAGACACAGUUGUUUCUUCUGAUUAUGGUGGCCAUUUUGUCAAGGAUGUCUGCAUUGAUGAAGGAGUUUUUCCUGAUAAAAAGACUUCAACGGAAAAGCUAGUAGAUCAAAAGGUUUCAAUAAACUUUGAUUCCUCGGAAGAUACCAACGGUGACCUAGGGGAAGAGAUAAGAGCUGACUCUACGAAAACUGCACUUGAAUUAAAAUCACAAUUAGUUAUUCGACCAGUCAUGUGUGCUACUGAUGGCAAUACUGGGGAACAGAACACCUUAUGCAAAGAGUGUAAUCUUGAAGACAACAAUACUGCAACUGUCUCUACUGAUUCAAACGAGAAACCAAAUGCCAAACAAUCACUACAUGAAGGUGCACAAGGUUGCCAGCAGGUUGGCAGUGUCAUUUCCAAGGGCAAUGAAAAUCUGGAUCCCUUUUCCAAUGGAGAAGCAGCACAUCAGGUUUCAUCGAACGAUUGUCAUGAAACUGGAAUUGGUAUUGCAUCAGAGACCAGUAACAUCAUUCACAGUGAUUUAACGGUGGAUGAAGUUGUUGUCAGUGCUGCAUUGGAUAAGGGAGGAUCCAACCAAGUUAAUCACUAUAACCCUUUUAUUGCCUAUGGAUCAUUAGACGAGACAUGGGAACCUAAUUACUCUCUUCCUACUAUUGUGGAUGCUGCUUCUAUAGCACCCAUCUGUCCUGUUGAAAAGACAGAUAGUUUUAGCGAUCUUGUCAACAGAGCACUGGAAGGAUUUGAUCCUAUUGAAAUAGAUGAAGCCAUAAUUGAAGAGAAUAGGUCAGAUUCUGUUGAAGCAGGUUCAAGUACAUUGGAUGUCCAAGAAUCUGAACAAUGUAAUGAUCAGAAAGGAAGUCUCGCUGAUGUGAAAACUGAUGCGGUGCAUGAAACAGGUCUAGCUACAUCUUUGUCUACCAGCAAUGGAGAGCCUAGUAAUGUCAAAAGUGAGAGCGGUAAAAAAAUUGAGAUUGAUAGUGCCCAGGAUAUAAAUGAUUUUAACCCAAGUGAUGUGGAGGUUGGCACAAAAAGAAGUGAGGACGUCCAAGAUGCUAAGAGUUCACCUCCUGUGCAAAGAGAACCUGUUGUUCAACAAAAUGGAUCAGACAGUGCAAAAGUGACUGCGCAAACUCAAACUGUUGUUCGCAAUCCCUUCGAAUCCAGCUUCUCUGGUCCUAGCAUUACGUCAGGUCCACUAACACCUUCUGGUCACAUACCUUAUUCUGGCAACAUUUCUCUUCGAUCAGAAAGUAGCACAACAAGUACUCGGUCCUUUGCAUUUCCAGUACUACAGAACGAGUGGAACAGCAGCCCCGUGAAGAUGGCAAAGGCCGACCGCAGGCGUCUGAGGGAAGACCGAGGCUGGGGUUACAGAAUCCUUUGCUGUAAAUUCUGAAUGUGCUUGCCCCUGCAUUUCUUUUUGCCUGUUGAGUCGAGCCCUUAGUGUCGUGCUUGAGCCCAGCUCUUGGUAGUCCAUGUUAAAUUCAUUCAAAUAUUUCUCUUCUUUCUCCCUCCUCUUGCUGUCUGCCCCUCCCAUGCCUUGCUGUUCUUAUUUAUCUCUAGCAGGCUAAUGGCUUGUCGGAUUCGGUAGUGGCUUGUAAUUUACAGGCACUAUGAUGAGUGAGGAAUGAAGGUAUAGCUUUGAUAUAGCA